GCUUGUUUUUCACAUAUGUAUUGUGCAUUGAUUGUUAGAUGAAAGAAUGUAAAGCACCUUUACAAAAUCAGUGUGCAUCAGUGUGGAGUUAUUUUCUCAUUCUAUGCAGUAACAGUUGUAAAUGCCAUUCUAUGCAGUUAAACCAUCUUUGUCUUGCUUAGUAUUAACAUUGCAGUUAAUCACCAAUUCCCCUAAGACAGCUAUCCCUCCUAGAGAAUUACAAGAAAAAAUGCUGAGAAGUCUGAAAGGACUUGUCUACCAUCCUCUAAAGUUGGACCAUGGAUAUGCCCUCCAUACGGCAGCCAAAGAUUGCUUAAGUUCCAUUGUCAGCCAGGAUGUCCAAACACUGGCAGAAAGACCCAGAACAGUUUUCUAUACCAGCGAGAAUGACCCGGCCAAGCACACAGAACACCAUGAGGGUCGCCAUUAUAGCAUUCCACUUGAGGAGGUGAAAGCUGUGUUUCCACAUGGACUGCCCUAUCGGUUCCAGCAGCAGAUUAAGACCUUCAAUGAAGCCUGCCUGAUGGUGCGAAAACCAGCUCUAGAACUUUUCACUUACCUGAAAAGCUCCAACUUUGCACACCCAGCUGUCAGAUAUGUGAUCUGUAUCUUUUAUCACUUACUUGAUGGUAGAAUGCAAGUUAAAUACAAGCAGAGACUUUCCUUGACAAUCCAUGUUGGAGAUGGUGAGAAAGGAACAGGGAAAACCAUGACUCUGUGUCACGUGGUUCACUACUGCACAAGACAAGGCUGGUUGGUGCUGCACAUCCCAGAUGCUCAUCUCUGGGUGAAAAACUGCAGGGAGCUUAUACAGUCUUCCUACAACAAAGAACGGCUUGAUCAGCCUUUGCAAGCAUCCUUCUGGCUCAAGAACUUCAAAACCUCAAAUGAGCGCUUCCUAAAAGAGAUAAAAACACAAAAAAAAUAUGUGUGGGGCAAACGAGAAAGCACUGAGGAGGGCAGACCAUUGGGUGAAGUGGUGGAACAGGGUUUAGCUCGUGUGAGAAAUGCCAGCGAUGCUGUAGGGGUUGUGCUGAAAGAGAUAAAGCAGCAAUGUCAUCUUGGGUCAUUCCGACUUCUUGUGGCAGUGGACGGUGUCAAUGCGCUCUGGGGAAGGACUACAUUAAAGAAGGAAGACAAAAGCCCUGUUUCUCCAGAGGAGCUGACGCUCGUGUACAAUCUAAGGAAGAUGAUGAUGAAUAAUUGGAGCGGAGGUGCUAUUGUGACGACCCUCAGCCAGACAGGCUCUCUCUUCAAACCCAGUUCUGCCUAUUUGCCCCAGGAGUUGCUGGGAAAGGAGGGCUUCGAUGCCCUGGACCCCUUCGUCCCCGUCCCGGUCCCCAACUACAGCCCGAGGGAGUUCGAGAGCUGCUACCGCUACUACCUCGACCGCCAGUGGCUGCAGCACGAGAAAGCGCGCACGGAGGACGGCAAGGAGGAGCUGCGGUUCCUGAGCGGCUCCAACCCGCGGCAGCUGGAGCGGCUGGCGGGACCCCUCUAGCGCAAUAAAGGCCGGACCGGCGGCGGCGCCGCCUUCCCACUGUCGGUGUCCGCCUCCUUGGGGGGGGGGGUGGCU